CUGACGACAAACGUGCUCGUGAGAACAGUAAUUUAAAUAUUAUUUUUUACGACUUUUUAAAAAUAGUAUUUUUAUUUAUAAAGUGAAAGUGUUACUUCAAUGCUGAAUUAAAUUAUUUUGAUAUUUGUGAUACUAGGAUAUUAAUAUACAUACAUAUAUUUUAUUUUAUUUAGUCUUUUAGUGGUUUUUUUUGUUCCUUUUUAAGCUGUUUAACUCAUACUGUCUUAUGAGAUCAUACAAGUGACCUAGGCAAUGAGCGAGUGAUCUAUUUAAGCUUAAACUUCACAAAUGUAUUUCUUCAUUAUUUAAAUGUGUGAUGCUGAGUUUAGACAUGAAGUUAGUAACGCGUUUACGAGGUUUGUCAUUAACAUCAAACUCAUCUGGAAGCAAUAACACAAGUUCGACACCACCCUCACCGGCCCCAACAAUAUUAUCAACCCAAGUACAAGUAACUAGUACUACGACAACAUCGUCAUCAGUAUCGUCAUUAAAUGAACGGCGUAGAAGCCGUGAAAGUGGAAAUGGUAACAAUGUCAGCCCAACGACCAGCGAUCAUGAGAGCGAUGAAGAAAUCACGUCCCCAAGAAUUGUUCGUGAUCGAUCUAGAUCUGUUUGUAUGCCGGUCCUGACUUCGUCGCAACUGCGACACCUUCAUCGACGUGCCAGUCAUCAUGUAUCGUCGACAGACACAACAUCAAGACGUGGUGUCUUGUCAAGACGAUGUUAUGGAAGCGUGGAAAUGCUGCCGCAAAUCGAGCAAGACGGCAUAGAGAAUGGACGAAGAUUUCGCGUCGAGAAUGGGGAUUCGCCUGGCGAAAAAGAAGAGAUGUUCGGGUCACCCAGCACUCCAGUGUUAGAGAAUCCGGAAAACCAAACACGUUGGUACUUCAAAUAUUUCCUCGGAAAACUUCAUCAGAAUUAUGUUGCAUCUGACCAUGAGAGAAAUCCACUUUUUUUGUCAGUCUUUUUAAGCGACGGUGGUGAUCAAUGUGUACCACAUUACAGAGUUAUACUCUGGAGACGAACUGGAACACAAAAAAUAUCAUUGCCUUACUCGUCCAACAAAUCGAUGACUGUCAAACAAAUUUUAAGCCAUUUUUUUGGAAUAGAAAAAUUUGAUAAAGCGCCACGUGAGAUCUUCGCUCCAGAGAUUCAAAAGGAUCUUUUGUCACUGGAAGAGCAAGAAGGCUCAGUGAAUUUUAAAUUCGGUGUUAUAUACGCCCGGGAGGGCCAGACAACCGACGACGAGAUGCUGUCUAACGAGAAGGCAAGUCCUGGGUUCGAGAGGUUCUUAGAGCUUCUCGGUAAGCGAAUUCGCCUCAAGGGCUGGGACAAGUACAGAGGUGGUCUGGAUGUCAAAGGUGAUAUGACGGGUAAAGAGAGUAUUUAUACAGUAUAUGCUGGUCAUGAAGUUAUGUACCACGUUAGCACAAUACUACCUCAUUCUAAAGACAAUCCACAACAAUUGGAACGUAAAAGACACAUCGGAAAUGACAUUGUUAAUAUUAUCUACACGGAUGACCCGACUUUAUUGGACACAUUUAAUCCAAACUGUAUAAAAAGUCAAUUUACACAUGUUUUUGCAGUCGUAGCAAGUGAAGAACGGGGCUGGAAGAUAGCCAUUUACUGUGACGAGAAUGUGCCCCUGUUUGGCCCAAGUUUGCCCUGUCCUCCAGUAUUCGAGGAUCCCAACGCUUUUCGUGAAUUUCUUCUCGUAAAGCUUAUUAACGGGGAGAAAGCAACAUUUGAUACACCGACAUUUUCACGUAAACGUGAGCGUACAUUAGACUCAUUACUCAGGGACUUAUAUCAAGAACACACCCAAGACAGUAAAGGGAACGUAAGUUCCAGUAUGCUGAAUCGUCGGGCAUUAUCGGAUGUGGUUGAAACGUCAGGACGGAGAAGAGAAGAGACACGGGCUGUGGAAAUGGUUAGAGUUGGACAGGCUCUAAAACUUGAAGCAAUCGUUCGAGGACUUGCCCCAACAUCACUAGCAACUGUCGGACCACUUAAACCAAGACCCUGGGAACCACGUUGUAUAUAUCCCGACUUUCAUCACGAGUUAGUUUGCGGUGACAUUUGGUCAGAUAAUAAAUUAAUUUUAGCUACGGAAAAUGGAACGUUUCUUGUUGAAGAUGGAUUACCCGACAGUCUACUUUUCGAUAAAUCUGUACAGAUUAAACAAUUGAAUGUCGUGGAACAGCAUGGCAUAUUAUUGUUCCGUACUGGUGACAAAGGGAAAGAAAGUAAUGUAUAUGUAUAUCGAUUGAGUGAGCUUAAUGGCGAAGGUAAUUCAACAUCUAUCGAUUACAAUUCAUUUGAAGAGGAUGAUGAUGUUGGCAAUAGUUUUUCAUCAAACUUUACAAUGACAUCUACGUCGUCUAGUAAUCCUAGUACAUCUACCCGUCCACCGAUAAUACGUACACGAUCACAUAUUAAAGAAAGGAAAUUAGAACGAACACGUGGCUGUCAAAUUUACAGUAUUACUAGACCUGGCGGUUCUCAUCUACGAAUGUGUGUAGCAGUGGGUAGAAAAUUAACCGUACUCCAAUGGAAACAUAAUGCAGCUUGGACUACAUGGUGUUCAUCAGCAGAUACUGAUACUGUUGAUGGUUUUCGUUUCAUAAAGGAAUACAAUGCUUCGGAACCACCAUCAGUAGUGACUAUUAUUGAAAGUACGGCACCAGACAAUGAGUGGUUACUUUGUUGCGGACUUAGGCAUCAUUUUGAAUUGAUAUCAGUUGAUGGUGCUACCAAAUCACUCCACAUGGAAGCAUCUAUGAAACCACAUGUUGUUGCGGCUUUAGAUUUAUGUGAAGAUGAAGAACCAGAGUUAUUAUUAUGUUACAAUAAUACGUGUCAUUUUCAAAAAUUAUCCGAAGAUACUGCGGCAUCAACGGAAUUCGAUUUUAAUUGGAAUUCAGUACCAAUUAUUGUCGCGUGUGCCUUUCCUUAUGUUAUUGCAUUUACCACAGACACUAUGGAAAUACGUUUAAUUAUAAAUGGGAAUCUUGUUCAUACAAUAAAUAUGCCAAAUCUGACACUUAUCACAUCAAAGCAUGAUAUUUAUUUUGCUACAACUGCACCCGAAUUUAUGGCAUCUAAAUGCGAAAGGAUACGUGUUGAUACUAAGACUGAUAAAGAUGAAAGAAGUCAUAGUCCACCGUCUACACUAAAUAGUUUAUCUAAUUCCCACAGUGAUUCAAAACCAUUGAGAAUUUAUCAGAUACCAUUGAAUACACUGUCAAAAAAUACAGCAUCAAGUUGUAGUAAUAGACGAUGCCCAAGCCCAAUUGAACCCGAAAUUUUGAGCGCACAACCGUCAAAUGAUUCAAAUUUUUUAACUGUCGAACCGCACAGAUUGUUAAGUCGAUCAUGCAGUAGCAGUCCAACGCCAAAUUUGGCGGUCUCUUCUGCUAGUACACCAAGUAAAUGAAGAUAAAAAGAAAAUAUAAAUAAAUGGAAGCAACAAUUGUGUAUUAUUAUUAUUGAUAAUAAUUUUGAAUAAUAAAAUUUGUCAAUGGAAUUACGUAAUGGAAUUAUUGUAUGCUGAAGCGUUAUUAUGUCGUGGACAUUUUGAUGUAAUUAAAUGAAAUUGAUAGAGAAUUGAAUUGAUUUAUAGAUAGUGAGAAUGAUUGAUUUUUGUAAGACGGUGCGGUGCGCUGUUCUCGUCUUCCUGGUAUGAAGUUACGAUAUUAAAUAAUAAUAAUAAUAAUAAUAUAAAUAAUAACAAUAAUAAUUAUUAUGAUAUAAUUUAUAGAAAACGUCUAGAUCCUUAAUCGAGAAUUAUUGUGCAUUAAAAAAAAUUGUAACACGAUUUCUCGUGCUCGUUGUAAAAAUAAUAAUAAAUA